AUGGCUGCAGCAGAUGCGCCGCCCCUACAUGGGGAAGAUAAAGAGGAAAUUUGUGAGAUCGAGGGUGUGACAGCCGACACCUACCGGAGCGUGGUUGAGCAGCGGUCAUCAGACAGGAAGCUCCGCGAGCAGGCAGAAGACAGAAGAGAAGAUCACAAGCCCAAGUUCAUCCAGCCACACAAGGAGAAGCGCUUCAAGCUCUACAUGAAGUAUGAAGGCCGAAAGGGCCCUCCUGCCUGGAUCAAAUCCAGAUUGCCCAAGCAUGGCGGCUACGAGGAUGGACCUUCUGUGGCCAUCAAGAAGAUGUUCGUCAACUUCUACAACAGAGUCAGAGACAUGCUGUCAAUUCACAGUGUGCAUCUGAGAAGCGAGACCGGGAUCGCCAUUCCGGACGAGGAUUCGCUGGCUGGAUACGUGGGUUAUGGUGGUCUGGUCUACGUAGUCGAUGGGUCACCUCCAGGGAAGCCACCGGAGAACGCCGUCUACUUCUGGGGAGCCAACUCUUGGAGCGAUCCCAAAGGCGACACGCCCUCACGGGUCCUGACGCUGGAGCGGAAGAGAAUCAGCCAAAUCAGCGUCGGGAAAGAGCAUGCGGUUGCGCUCACGGAGGGCGGUCGCAUUUUUGCGUGGGGCAAGAAUGACUUCGGGCAGCUCGGCACGGGGGACGAGGAAAACAGAGCGUUACCAUCGUAUACAGAGCUUCCGUACGAGACCUACAUCUCGCAGGUGGCCGCUGGAGGCAACUACACCAUCGGCGUCACCAAGCGCGGUGAAGUGUGGAGCUGGGGACGAUUUCAGGCAUCCAACUUUCCCAGGCUGUUCACGGAAACGUGGUGCAACGGGUACGAAGCCAAGGGAGAGAUGGGCCUUAAGGGAUUGAAGAUCGUUCGCGUCUCUGCCGGAGACCAGCACAUGGGCGCGCUGACAAAAGAGGGUAAGCUCUACACGUGGGGCUACAACGAUUUUGGCCAGCUCGGUUGGGGCUUGCAUGGUGAAGGGAGAGUCGGUCAGCAGCGGCCGAACCAGGUCAAGGGCCUCUUGGACAGUGAAGAGGUCAUAGAUUUUGCAUGUGGUGGUGGUCACACCGUCGCCAUCACCAAGAGCUGCCGAAUUUUUGGAUGGGGCUCCAACACGAACGGCCAGCUGGGACAUGCCAUGCGGCAGUGCUUCCCAGAACCGGUCGAGGUGCCACUCGGUGAUCCGGUGUCGAAAGUGCGCGCCGGCUGGCAAUGUACAGCUUACAUCACUGAAAGUGCUCGUCCCAUCAUCUGCGGCGGCAUUCGAGCAGAGGGCCCGAGCGUUGCCGACAUGCAGCAGGCUGGAGAAGAAGGCGAUGGAGUUGCUCCUGAGAUGCGUGGUGGUGGCUACAAGGGUGGUGGUCCUCAGCCAGAGGCUGGUGUCAUGGACAUGGUGAGCACCACGGGUGUCGAGGUCAUGACUGAAGUUGUGACAGAGGCUUCGGUUGGUGAGGCGCAUGGACUCCUUGUGUGCUACGAUGGCACCCUGCGUGGCUGGGGGUACAACCGGCAGAAGCAGGCCAUCGGCGACGAAACCGAUGACACCUUUGUCAAGCCACAGGCCGUGGAUGACGUGCCAUUCGACACCUACAAGGGCCUGUCGGUUGCGGUCGGUGGAGCCCAAAGUUACGCCAUCCUGCAGCAGCGCCAUCCGUGA